UUCAAUUUGCUGUGUAUGUAUUUGGCACUUGUUUGCCAAAUUGGAUAAUAUGCAUUGAAUUCAGUGAAACUGAGUCACAAUGUAGGAAACCAAAGUACUAUUUAAAUUAUACAGAAUUUGAAUUAUAACAUUCUAUAUUUAUUAGCAGAACAAGAAUCUGUUACUCUGAAAUUGGUAAAGAAAAAAAGAAACAUUGAACAUUAGGAAUAUAUCCUGAAUGUUAGGAAAGAAAAUUGUAGAAGAAAAAAAAAUGACCCUAUGACUUUUGACUCAGAACGGCUGUAUGGUUCUUUGUAAUAAGUGCUCAUAAACUUGGGCACAUAUAAUUCUAAAUAAUUUGAGAAAGGAGAAAUAUCAGUGCACUUAAGCAAGGGAACUCUCAGAUUAAUUGAGUAUAGACUUAAUAUAUGGAAGUAGGGAUACAGAACUAAAGGUGAAUGUUAAACAAUAAUACAAUCCUUUAUAAACAGUGGGUAGCAUCACAAAGUAAGAUGAAGUUCAUAGAGAAUUCCUAAGAAAACACAAGUCAUUUAAAAACAGUUUAUCUCAAAUAAGAUUAGGGUUCAAUUUCACCAAAUUUUUGUAAAAUUAUUUUUUAGUUGUAGUUGGACGCAAGACCUUUAUUUUAUUUAUAUAUUUUUGUGUGUGGUGCUGACGAUUGAACCCAGGGCCUCGCACGUGCUAGGCAAGCACUCUACCACUGAGCUACAACCCCAACCCCAUCAAUUUCACCAAAUAUUUAAGAGGGAUAGAGCCAUCGAUUCACAUUUUGUAAUUGUUUGAUUAGUAGGGAGAAAUAGUCUUUGAGAUGUAAUACUAGAGAUGGAGAAGAUGUAAUACUAGAAUAAAAAUAAUUAUAGGCCAUGGUAGUUAAGUAACAUUAUAAUAAGUGAAACAUCUGACCAUUUUCUUCAUGUAUAUUAAUGUCGUCUCAAACCUCUAGUCAACUUGUGUGACUCAUAAAAUCAUUGAAUAAUCUUUGAGAAUUUCAUGAAAAAUAUAAUUGGUACCCAUUGAUAAUCAGAUGCUCACUUGGUUUUUUAGAAAGGGGAAGAGUGGGUUCUGUAAAUUCCAAGCUAGUAUAUUUGUUACUGAUCUUUGGCACAUAAAUUUCAUAAAGUUAUGAACAUUUAUGAAAGAAUGCUCAAAUGGAAAAAUUUAAAUGCAUUCAUCAAGAACAUGUUAUGGGACUGGGGAUAUGCUUUUGUGAUAGAGCACUUGCCCAGAAUGUACAAGGUCCUGGGUUUGAUCCCCAGCACUGCCAAAAACAAAAACAAAAUCUUGUAUGCUAAGAAUAAAUAACCAUCCUUUUCCAGGGAAUGGAGGCAGAGGCAAGCUUGUGGUGCAUGCUUGGAAUCCCAGUGACUUGGGAGGCUAAGGCAAAAGGACUGAGUAUGAAGCACGAACAGGGAGGACCUGUAAACCACCACCUCAGUCUUCAAGACGAAAGAAUUUUGAAUUUGAGCCACUUUCUACCACUGCCUUGAUUCUUGAGGAUCGACCAUCAAAUCUUCCUGCUAAAUCUGUGGAAGAAGCUUUACGUCACCGACAAGAAUAUGAUGAGAUGGUGGCUGAGGCUAAAAAACGAGAAAUUAAAGAAGCACAUAAAAGAAAAAGAAUAAUGAAAGAACGGUUUAAACAGGAAGAAAAUAUUGCAAGUGCAAUGGUAAUUUGGAUCAAUGAAAUACUGCCCAAUUGGGAAGUCAUGCGUAGUACAAGAAGAGUUCGAGAAUUGUGGUGGCAGGGAUUGCCCCCUAGUGUUCGUGGGAAAGUUUGGAGUCUAGCUGUAGGAAAUGAACUAAAUAUCACUCCUGAACUUUAUGAAAUCUUCCUUUCAAGAGCAAAAGAACGGUGGAAAAGCUUCAGUGAAUCAAAUUCAGAAAAUGAUACAGAAGGUGUAUCUGUUGCUGACCGAGAGGCCAGUCUGGAAUUAAUUAAGUUGGACAUAUCCCGUACAUUUCCAUCUCUCUACAUCUUUCAGAAGGGUGGCCCAUAUCACGAUGUUUUACAUAGUAUCUUAGGGGCAUAUACAUGUUACAGACCUGAUGUUGGUUAUGUCCAAGGGAUGUCUUUCAUCGCAGCAGUGCUCAUUCUCAAUUUGGAAGAGGCAGAUGCUUUCAUUGCAUUUGCAAAUCUCCUGAAUAAACCAUGUCAAUUGGCUUUUUUUCGUGUGGAUCACAGCAUGAUGUUGAAAUAUUUUGCAACAUUUGAAGUUUUCUUUGAAGAAAAUCUAUCCAAACUAUUUCUUCAUUUCAAGUCUUAUAGUCUUACACCAGACAUAUACUUGAUAGACUGGAUCUUUACACUCUAUAGCAAGUCACUACCACUUGAUCUGGCCUGUCGAGUCUGGGAUGUAUUUUGCAGAGAUGGAGAGGAAUUUUUAUUUAGGACUGGAUUAGGAAUCCUCCGAUUAUAUGAAGAUAUUCUCCUACAGAUGGAUUUUAUUCAUAUAGCACAGUUUCUAACUAAAUUACCAGAAGAUAUCACAUCAGAAAAGCUCUUCAGUUGUAUUGCAGCCAUUCAGAUGCAGAAUAGCACCAAAAAAUGGACUCAGGUCUUUGCAUCUGUAAUGAAGGAUAUUAAAGAAGGAGACAAGAACAGCAGUCCUGCUCUGAAAAGCUAAUCUUAAAAAUUAACAGACUAACUGAAAUAUAAAAAAUGUAGGUUUUUUCGGGAGGUGGGGGGUGGUGAAAGUUUUCUGUGUUCUAUGUAAAAAGCAUGAAAGAAAAUUGUUGGAGAAUCUAAAAGAAUCAAGAGGUGGAAACUGCUGAUUUUAAAUUCCAUGGCUGAAGCAAAGGAAAUAAGGAAUUUCUUAACAGUAUUAAUAAAAAAAGUAUUUUGUAGGGAGAGCCAUUUUUCAGAGGAAAAAGUCUAAAUGGUUAUUACAUACUCCAUAAUUUGGAGUAAACAGUUUAAUGCAAUAAAUUUUUAAAAUAGCUUCAAAGAUACUUCGAAUUUUUACAUCUUUUCUUUUUUAACAAUUACCACAAAGGCACUAUGGAGGUCACUUAGGAUUGUUAAAUACUAAUUUAACCUCUGAAAUACUAUAGUAUGGUAUUAUCUCCAGUUCUGACCAUUUGCAGAUAUUUUAGACCAAGAAUUAGCAACUUUGAUUGUAAACUAAGUCACUGAAAUUGUUUAUCUUUGUUCACAGGUUGGGGCAAAUUUAAAUUAUCUGGGAACUGGAACAUUAGUAGGAGAUUGUUUCUUGUUUAAAUGUUUUCGCACAGUAUUGUGUCUAUUCGUUUUUGAUGGGAAAUUCUUUUUCUUCCUUAAAGAAUUCUUACCAUUCAAAUAUCUGUAGUCUUUCUGUUCUAGUAUAACAAAUUGUUCACCUAGUAAUUUAACAUUAAGAAAACUAAAUAACUGAUAAAAAGGAAGUUAUUUGCACUUUAAUGGACUGAAGACUUGACUUUGGGAUUAAAGUCCAAAAAUAUAAUGAGAUUUUUCACUGGUUAGAGUAAAAAUUAAUGAAUUCUGAGAGUUCUUAAAUAGCAUACUACUUGAUAAGACUUUAAAAUUUUUAGUUAAAAUUCCUCCUCUGUCUGUAGAAACAAAAUUUGUUAAUUCCAGUUUGAAAAUUGAAAUCUUAUAUGUAGCUAAGGUUUAUUCCUUGUGAAACACUAUGCAUAAGGUGUUUUUUUGUAAUCAGUGGAAAUAAGAGUAAAAGAAAAAGGUAAAAAUAAUUUUUUAAUCUGAUGGCAUAGCAGAUAAAUUAUUAAUCAUUGAUAAAUUGGCAUUAAAUUUUUUAUGUUUAAUUUUCAAACCUGAACUAAAUCACUCGAGUUUUAUGAGUAUAUGUAUAACAUACUAUUCAGUUAAUAAUUUAUAAUGUUUUAUGUUGCAGUGUGGUUUGAAAGAAAACCUAAGCACACUGUUUCUGUUAGUGGUAUAUGUAUAGUCUUUAAACUAACAAAUCUGAGAGUCUUGUUAGUGUAGUGACUGCCUCUUUAGAAGUAUGGGACCAGAGAGUACCGGUAUAUUUUACCCUAUGGGUCCUUCUAGCCUAGAGAUUACUAGUGGAAUCCUCAGAAGUUAACCCCAUCAUAGAGGCUGGCUUGGUGGAAACUGGUAGUUUAAUAAAAUAUUAAGGGAGUACCCAGAGUCUUAAUAGGUUUCAGGAUGGCCUUGUAAGUCUGGUAACUAUUUCCUUGGUAUUGGUGACCCUAAUAAAGGGGAUGUAACCUCUGGCUGUAAUCUCAUUGAGAUUAUACUACCUGCCUAAAUUUAAUCUUACUUUUAUGCAUUCAUUUCCUGAAUUGGACCUAAGUUACUAUAUUUCUUUUUCUUAUUUUUUUAUUAUUGUACAGUUUGUUUACCUUUCAAGUGUAAAUGUAUAUAUACAUAUAUAUAAUGUAAAUACAAGGAUUUCACUAAAAACCACUAGUAACAAUUCCCAUGUAAAUAAAACUUGCAAGCAGAGUAA